AUGGGUGCCAUCUUUAGCCGCCAGCCGCGCAAUCGCCAGCCGCACAAGAUCACGGCAGAAAACGCCACCAAAGAUUUCGUUUGCAAUAUCCUGUUCAUUUACAGCUCCGAUCCAGGAGAGACGGUUCUUUCGAAGAUAGAAUGGGAGGCUAUGCUCUAUACCAAAACCAAAGAUCUCAAGCAAGUCCUGCAAAAAGGCCUCAUCAUCUCGGAAGACAACGUUCAACCCCAAUCUGGCUGUGUCACGUUCAAAAAGUGUCCCGGUUUUCUUCGAAUCAAUGACUGGGUCCAUGCCCGUCGGUACAUCUUGUCUGGCAAAUCGCGUGGCGGAUGGACGGCGCAUCUCGCGGUUGGGGCACGCGAACUCGGUACGCUUGCGAAAUUUCGAAUGACCGAUCUCGUUGGCCAUGCGGAUCAGGGUGAAGCUGUGAACGAGGACUUGCAAUUGGUGUAUUACUACAAUGCUCAACUUGGGGCGUCUUUCUUUACGUGGAGUACGGAUGAGGGCUCUGAGCCAUGGUGGCCUAUGCUGGUCACUAUUGUCCCGCGGAAGAUAGAGGUCUCGGCGUCGGGGGAUAACGUGAAGGGCGAUGCUAGUGGUAUCGUGGGGCGGGUGACUGCGUCUGGUUGGAAAACGAAGAAGGAAUAA